AUGGAUUCCAAGGCCUCCCCUCUCCUUUUCAUUGCACUCUUGUGCUUGCUCUCCUCAACUUCCACAGCCUUCAACAUCACCAAGAUCCUUGCACAAUACCCUGAAUUUGCUAACUUUAACGAUCUCCUCAGCCAAAGCGGGCUCGCCCAGGAAAUGAACAGCCGCCAAACCAUCACCGUUCUUGCUCUCGAUAACGGCUCAAUUGAUGGGCUCUCUGGCAGACCCUUGGAGAUUGCAAAGAGGAUCUUGAGUGCACAUGUAAUCCUUGAUUACUAUGAUCAACUGAAGCUUUCAAAACUUCAAAAGGCCAGCACUAUCGUUACCACCUUGUACCAAGCUAGUGGCAUUGCAGAUGAUCAACAAGGUUUCUUGAACAUUAGCAGAACUGCUGAGGGUAUCAAAUUCGGUUCAGCAAUGAAAGGCGCUCCUCUCGUUGCAUCACUUGUGAAAUCCGUCUACACACAGCCUUACAACAUUUCGGUGCUCCAAGUCACCGAACCUAUCGAGACUCCAGGGAUUGAGAACAUUGCUCCUCCACCACCACCCGGUGCUGCUGCCGCUCCUCCCAAGAAGGCACCUGCUCCAGCUCCAACCAGCAAAACACCUGCUGCACCUCCAACUGCCAAAACCCCAGCCAAAUCUCCUUCCAAGGCUCCUGCACCAACCAAGGAGGAACCAUCUACACCAACUGAAGCACCAACCGAGGGGCCAGCAGCUGCUGAUGCAGAUGUACCUGCAAGCUCCCCAGUGGCUGCUGAUGCAGAUGCACCCGCAAGCUCCUCGGUGGCUGAUGAAACACCUGCUGCAGCACCUGCAAAAGCUGCUUCUUCACGUAUGCAUGUUGGUGGUGCUGCAGUGCAUACGAGCUUGUCAGGAAAAUCCAAAAUGGCUGUAAGGCUCCUAACCAGAAUCAGAACAGAACUGGAAAGUGCAAAAUCAACAGCUAUGAUUAGUACUAAGGUUUCGACCAUUGAACCAGACUAA